UUGAUGGUUCGCAUGUGGAGCGAAACAUCUCGUCGCGUUGAACAUCUUGAUGAUGAGGGUCUUGGGCAAAAAUGGCGGCGGUGAGACCAGUGCGGAGUUCUCUGCGAAUACUGAGACUUCUGCCCCAGGUCGUAUCCCAGCGGUGUCACAGGCACCAGUGGACGGAACCAGCCCAUGUGUUUGAUUUCUCCACACCCCUCACAUCAGUUCAAUGGAGAGGCUUCAGAUCCAGCCAAGUGGCCUCUGGACAGGUGCUGCAGUUCAAACUGUCCGAUAUAGGAGAGGGCAUCAUGGAGGUGACAGUCAAAGAGUGGUAUGUGAAGGAAGGCGACAGGGUGUCCCAGUUCGACAGCAUUUGCGAGGUCCAAAGUGACAAAGCCUCGGUUACCAUCACUAGCCGCUAUGACGGAGUCAUUCGGAAGCUGUAUUAUGACAUUGAAUCCAUCGCUCAUGUCGGCUCUCCUCUCGUGGACAUUGAAACAGACAGAGAGCUCGAGGGCGCUCCAGAAGAGGAUGUGGUUGAGACUCCAGCCGUCUCCCAUGAACAACCACUCCAGGAGAUCAAGGGCCAAAAAACCCAGGCAACGCCAGCAGUGCGCCGCCUGGCCAUUGAGAACAAUAUUAAACUUAGUGAAAUAGUUGGAACAGGAAAGGAUAGUCGUAUUCUGAAGGAGGACAUUCUCAAUUUCAUAGCCAAGCAAACAGGUGCCAUCCUCCCUUAUGAGGUCCAAAAAACUCCAGCACCUGCAGUGAGCACUACAGAUACACCAUCCAAAGAGAAGAAACCUGUCAUGGCUCCUCCGGCGAUCCCUCGACCCAUCUUCACCGGCAAAGACAGGACAGAACCACUAAAUGGUUUCCAGAAGGUCAUGGUGAAGACGAUGAGUGCCGCUCUGAAGAUUCCUCACUUCGGUUACUGUGAUGAGGUGGAUCUGACGGAGCUAGUGCGGUUGCGCUCGGAGCUGAAGGGUCUUGCGGAGUCUCGGGGAAUCAAACUCAGCUACAUGCCUUUCUUCAUAAAGGGUGCAUCACUUGGCCUCCUGCAGUUUCCUGUUCUCAAUGCCUCUGUGGAUGAAGGCUGCCAGAACAUCACACACAAGGCAUCUCAUAACAUCGGCUUGGCAAUGGACACUCCUCAGGGCCUCCUGGUGCCCAACGUGAAGAGCGUUCAGAGCCUCAGUGUUUUUGACAUUGCCGUGGAGCUCAACCGUCUGCAGGCUCUGGGUUCUGCUGGACAGCUGGGCACCGCUGACCUCACUGGAGGAACCUUCACCCUCUCCAACAUUGGCUCGAUUGGAGGGACAUAUGCCAAGCCAGUGAUUCUGCCCCCGGAGGUGGCCAUCGGUGCUUUGGGAAAGAUCCAGGUGCUGCCCAGGUUUACCUCCCGUGAUGACGUGGAGAAGGCGUACAUCAUGAACGUCAGCUGGUCUGCUGAUCAUCGCGUCAUAGACGGGGCCACCAUGUGCCGCUUCUCCAACCUAUGGCGCUCUUACCUGGAGAAUCCAGCUGCCAUGGUGCUGGAUCUCAAAUGACUCUCUGCAUCAUGAUGUCUCUACAGUUAUAAACAAUCUGUCGCUGUUUGGUCACAGCUAACCGCAAACAGUGCGAAACUCAUUCAUUUCUCCUUUGACCUUCAUUUGUGGUGAAAAGAAGCUUUUAGCCUGGUUCUAUUGUUGCCUUUUUUGCCUUGCCGUGCAUUAUUCAUGGCUAGAAAUGAACUGAAAGUUUUUUCACAAAAGCUUAAAAUCAUAUAAUUUUGUACCAGACCAAGCUGAUGUGUGAGGGGUAUAGGCUGAUACUGACUCUCGAGUUGCAGUGGAAGCAUCUGGACUGUAGUGUCUCAUUGUCUGCUGAUUUUCUCUGAGAGCUCAUUCACACAACAAGUCUCUGUUGAGCAGACAGACGGCCACUUCAUCUAAAACCACUAUGUGGAUAGAUUGUUACUGAAUUCUAUUGGAAAUAAAGGUUUUAUGGCAA